UCUCUUGGUUUCUGCCUCUAAGCCCUCCUUUUACCCACCUAGCACCCACUCUGAGCCGGACACUGGGCCAGGAGGCAGGGAGUCCAAGGACCAAUGACGCACAGUCCCGGGUCCUGGAGAAAGAUCUCUCCGUCCCUGGGUCCUUGCCUCCGGCCAUCCUCAGCUCGCUUACCCACUGACCCCUCACCCCACUUCUAUGAACCCCCGUCUCUUUCGCCCGUCUGACAUCGUUUUGUUCAGGUCUUAACCAGACUCAGCAGUGUGUGUGCUCCCAGAGGGAAGCGACACAAAGGAAGGGGGGGGGCACAGAAAGGAGGGAAUCCCGCUGACAUCACUGCUCAUUAGCAUGUGUGACCUCAUCAGGGGGCGGGACAAUUUCCCCAGGUGUGGGGGCAGGAGGAGGGCAUGGGGGUGGUAUUUAAGGGAAAAGCUGACAGUGCUGCUGAGGGAGUGGGUACUGCAAGCCGCCGGGCUGCACACGCACACCGCACACCGAUGCACACGGACCUCGACACUGACAUGGACACGGACACAGAAACCACAGCCCUCUGCCCCUCCGGCAGCCACCAGGCCUCCCCCCCAGGGACACCCACGCCAGAAACAGAUGCCACACUGCUGAAGAAGCCAGAGAAGCUGUUGGCAGGGUUGGACCGGGGUGGGCCACCCCCUACCCCAGGGGCCCCCAGACGAAGAGGCAGUAUGCCUGUCCCCUACAAGCACCAGCUGCGGCGCGCUCAGGCCAUAGAUGAACUUGAUUGGCCACCUCAAGCCUCAUCCUCUGGUUCCUCUGACUCCUUGGGCUCAGGGGAGGCAGGCCUCACCCAAAAGGAUGGCAUCUUCAAGGUCAUGCUGGUAGGGGAGAGCGGCGUGGGCAAGAGCACCCUAGCGGGCACUUUCGGUGGUCUCCAAGGAGACAGUACUCAUGAGCCGGAGAACCCAGCAGAGGACACCUAUGAAAGACGCAUCAUGGUGGAUAAGGAGGAAGUGACUCUGGUCGUUUAUGACAUCUGGGAACAGGGGGACGCAGGGGGGUGGCUGCGGGACCACUGCCUUCAGACGGGGGAUGCCUUUCUCAUCGUCUUCUCAGUCACCGACCGACGAAGCUUCUCCAAAGUUCCAGAAACCCUCCUUCGGCUGCGAGCUGGGAGGCCCCACCACGACCUCCCUGUCAUCCUCGUCGGAAACAAGAGCGACCUGGCCCGCUCGCGGGAGGUAUCCCUGGAGGAGGGCCGCCACCUGGCAGGGACCCUGAGUUGCAAGCACAUCGAGACGUCGGCCGCGCUGCACCACAACACGCGGGAGCUCUUCGAGGGCGCGGUGCGCCAGAUCAGGCUGCGGCGGGGCCGGGGCCGGGGCCGCGCCGGGGGCCCGAGGCCUGAGUGGGGCUGCCCCGACGGCCCCCCGCCGCCCGCGCGCCGCGAGAGCCUCACCAAGAAGGCCAAGCGCUUCCUCGCCAACCUGGUGCCGCGCAACGCCAAGUUCUUCAAGCAGCGCUCCAGGUCGUGCCACGACCUCUCGGUGCUCUGAGCCGCGGUCGCCAUGGUCACGGCGGUCGCCAUGGUCACCGCGCCCUCCACUCGCCGCCCCCCGCCCGCCCCGCCC